AUGAACACAGACGAGAAUGGCGAGACCUCCAAGGCCCCCCUGAGCAGGGGGUUCAGUAGAGGAGUGUCCAUACUUGACCUCGUACUUCGCGUCAUCGCGGUCGUCGGCACCCUCGCGAGCGCCAUUGCCAUGGGCACCACCAACCAGACGCUUCCUUUCUUCACACAGUUCAUCCUGUUCAAGGCGCGAUACAGUGACUUCCCAGCUUUCACGUUCUUUGUGGUGGCAAAUUCUAUUGUCAGCGCCUAUCUCAUCCUUUCGCUCCCGCUGUCGAUCGUGCACAUAAUUAGCAGCAGGGCUAAAUAUAGCCGUCUGAUCCUGAUCCUUUGUGACGCGGCAAUGCUAGCUCUGGUGACCGCAGCGGCAUCUGCAGCAGCAGCUAUUGUUUACUUAGCGCACAAGGGCAGUGCCAGGGCAAACUGGUUCGCUAUAUGCCAGCAGUUCGAUUCUUUCUGCGAGCGUACCUCUGGCUCCCUGAUUGGCUCAUUCGCAGCCACGGUUCUGCUGAUACUGCUCAUAUUAAUCACCGCCAUUGCCCUGGCCAGGCGCUAG